AUGGCGGUGACUUUUAUUUACAAAAGCAACUGUAUGUUACAUGUACAGGAGGAUGAAUACUAUAGAGAGUUGUAUUGUUCUUUGCCCAACCCUAGGAAUGUCCAUUUUGAAUCUAGAAACAUGAAGAACAUCCUUCACUGGUCAGCACCAGAAGGCACAGGAGAUGGAGUCCUUUACAGGGUGAAGUAUUCAGUGUAA